AUGGAAGACCCUCCGCCCCCCACCGAUUCUGCCCCACUUCCCUCAUCCAAUGCAGAAAGAGAUUGCAACACCCUGUCCCAGACUCCACCCCCAAACGGCCCGCAACCAGCCAGCAGCAACGUUCCAUCCUCUAGCACACCUGGCAUUCAGCAGCCCACUAUGGACAUCACUAGCACCAAGCAACCACCCAAACACAACAGUGAACAAGCCGGGCCCAAUAAACGGCAUCGGCCCCCGCAGGCACCAAUGCUCCACCACGCUCACCUCACUCCGAUCAUGGCCCAGCUGCACCAACACACCACACAUCUAGCCAACAUCAUACAACCGGGCCGAUCAAUCAUGACCAAUCCUCAUCGGGCCAGACUGGCGGCCCUGCCAGAGUUCCACAAGAGCCUGCAACCUGCAACUCCAAUCGGCCGCAAACUGGAUCACCCCUAG